GUUUUCGUGAUUGUGCUGAGCGAGCGGGGCUGAGGGGCGUAGAGCGUAUGGAUGAAAUGUCUGCUGUGGCAACUACUGCAUUUUAAUUUGCUGUGGCUUAUGAUUGGAGUUAUGGCAUUGUUUUACGUGACACAGGAAUCACAAAAUUGCAUGAUGUGUUGUGUGUUUUACCUGUAGACUUUUACCAUUUGUGCGGAAACUGUGCAAACGUUUGUGAAACAUUUUUCGCUCUUCGUGAUUAAGUAAAUAUCAAAGAUUGACUCAGUGUGGGGGGUGUGGGCCUCCCAUCCUUUACGCCUGCACUUGGCCCAGCAUCCCCGCGGCAGGAUGGGAGAAAUGGUGAUAGGGGACCGUCCUCCCUCUCCCGCACGUCUAGCUCAUACAUCAGAAAAACAUCCGCGAGGAACUUUGACGGAACUCAAUGUUUUGAGACGUCAUAGGGAACUCUGCGAUGUUGUCCUUAAUGUUGGGUCCCGAAAAAUAUUUGCCCAUAGAGUAAUCCUCUCAGCAUGCAGUCCAUAUUUUCGAGCAAUGUUUACGGGAGAAUUGGCAGAAUCUCGACAGACAGAAGUGACAAUACGAGAUAUUGAUGAAGUAGCAAUGGAACUUUUAAUUGACUUCUGUUACACAUCUCAUAUUGUAGUGGAAGAAGGCAAUGUUCAAACACUGCUGCCGGCUGCGUGCUUGCUUCAACUGGCAGAAAUUCAAGACAUAUGUUGUGAGUUUUUGAAGAGACAAUUGGAUCCAUCGAAUUGCUUAGGUAUUCGUGCAUUUGCUGAUACACAUUCUUGUCGAGAGCUAUUGAGAAUAGCAGAUAAAUUUACCCAACAUAACUUCCAAGAGGUGAUGGAAAGUGAAGAAUUCUUGCUACUUCCAGUGGGACAGCUAGUAGACAUCAUUUCUAGUGAUGAACUAAAUGUUCGGUCAGAAGAGCAAGUAUUCAGUGCUGUGAUGUCUUGGGUUAAGUACAAUGUGUCAGAGAGAAGACAACAUUUGGCUCAGGUUUUGCAACAUGUGCGUCUUCCCCUCUUGAGUCCAAAAUUCCUUGUGGGAACUGUUGGAUCAGAUUUGUUGGUGCGAAGUGAUGAUGCGUGUCGUGAUCUCGUAGAUGAGGCCAAGAACUAUCUCUUGCUGCCGCAAGAGCGGCCGCUGAUGCAAGGGCCUAGAACUAGACCACGCAAGCCCACUAGGCGUGGAGAAGUCCUCUUUGCCGUGGGAGGUUGGUGCAGUGGAGAUGCUAUUGCGUCAGUGGAACGUUUUGACCCCCAAUCUGCUGACUGGAAGAUGGUGGCUCCCAUGAGCAAGAGACGAUGUGGUGUGGGAGUGGCAGUGCUCAAUGACUUAUUGUAUGCUGUUGGAGGUCAUGAUGGACAAUCGUAUCUCAACAGUAUUGAAAGGUAUGAUCCACAAACUAAUCAGUGGUCUUGUGAUGUUGCACCUACUACAUCGUGUCGAACGAGUGUGGGGGUUGCGGUGCUCGAUGGCUUCUUGUAUGCAGUUGGGGGUCAGGACGGAGUUCAGUGCCUUAAUCAUGUAGAAAGGUAUGAUCCAAAAGAAAAUAAAUGGAGUAAAGUGGCUCCAAUGACUACUCGGAGAUUAGGAGUAGCUGUAGCAGUCUUAGGUGGCUUCCUGUAUGCCAUAGGAGGUUCCGAUGGACAGUGUCCUCUUAACACAGUGGAAAGAUAUGAUCCUCGGCAGAAUAAGUGGUCUCCUGUGUCUCCCAUGUCAACUCGCCGCAAACACUUAGGUUGUGCAGUUUUUAACAAUUUAAUAUAUGCUGUUGGUGGCCGAGAUGAUUGUAUGGAGCUAUCUAGUGCAGAGCGUUACAACCCUCACUCUAAUACAUGGAGCCCAAUUGUAGCCAUGACAUCUCGAAGAAGUGGGGUGGGACUUGCAGUCGUGAAUGGCCAGUUAUAUGCUGUUGGUGGCUUUGAUGGAACUGCAUACUUGAAAACUAUUGAGGUGUAUGAUACCGAGCAGAACCAAUGGCGGCUAUGUGGUGCCAUGAACUACCGACGUCUGGGGGGAGGGGUGGGAGUGAUGCGGGCCCCUCAGACUGAAAACUACUUCUGGUAAUCUCCUUUGCAAGCUAGCGAUCCUGCAGCCAACAUACAACCAAUUGUGUCUAGUCCUCACAGCAGCAGUGUUGAUAUAUCUUUCGCACUGUCUUGUUUCUUGUGGCUAUGGUGCUGUUGUGGUUUUAAUGAGUACACUUCUCUUCUUUGUGUUCUCUUUUGAAGCAAAAGUGCUUUAUUUUUCUUAUUUUCUUAAUUAGGCAGGCAGUGAUCUUAUCACAAUGUGAGACAUGUACAUUAAGUAUUCAAUUGACCAUGUGCUAAUAAUGAACAACUGUCUGACUUUUUCAGUAAAAAGAAGAUAACAGUAUGAAGCAUAUCAUGUCAUGCAUUGCAAUUGUGCACACAAGAUAGCAGUAGGUUAGUGUGCUUGGAACGUAUGAGGUGAAUUGAAAUCUGAUCGGUGCUUUGCAAGAAAAAGAAAUCUUUGGAAAUCAGCAGGAAUAUAUUUAUUUUAUUGUUAUCAACAUUAUUAUUGUUACUAUAAGUGGCAUGUAAUGUUCAGAACCCUGUUCAAAUUUGACUCAAACUUUUUGUGGAUGUAUUUAAUUUUUAUUGAUAAUGUAUAAGAGAAAAAAAAAUUAAUUUCCAUGAUUUUUGGCAGCUCUAUCAAUGCAUUUGGGUAUGUGAUGUAAAACCAAAUACAAAUGUGCGUUUAUGAAAUGACUUUGUGUACAUAUAAAUAAAUAUUAAAUAACAGAUUGUGUCCUAUUCUGUAUGUUAGUAGUUUGUAAAUUUGUCUAAUUUGUAAUUAAAUAAAAGUGUAUUGAAUACUCAUAUUUCUGAGUACUUUGUCCGUAACCAUGACAAUGCAUUUGUUAAUUUCACUACAUCUUUAUUAGCUUAAUAAUAACUGGA